AUUUGUGCAAAGGAAAUAGCUGAAGAUUUACUUGUGUAUAAAUACAUUUGCACAGUUCGUGCUCCUGAUGAACCUCGCAAGUUGAAGUGCGUCGCGCGAGAUGACAUCCCGACAAAAACGGAGAUUCAGCAGCAUCUCGGAGCUUCAUUGGCCCAGGUCCUCUUCGACUACAGUCAUCGUGAAGCUAUGAAGCUGUUAGACUCGAUACCCUCUGCGAGACUCUUGCAAGAGUCGCCCUGCACGGUGCAGGAUUGCCGAUCAAAGACGGACAGGUCUGGCACAUGGUCGGAAGGACAAAGAAUUCUCAAGUCACAUGUACACCAUGACAUUCUAGCGUUGGGCGGGGAUGCACUGAGGAAGGUUCAGGCCGAGAUUGAAGCGAUGGCACGGAGCAAAUUGGAGGACGAAUUCAUAGAAAAGAGUCACAUGCUUGAAGCCAAGAAGAGACGCACCAUCAAGCGCAACGCAGAGGAAAUCCACGCCACGUAUGAAGAAUAUUUCGAGGCCACUCAGCAUGACUUGAAGGAGAAGCUGCAGGCUGAUUGGAUGGACGCGAAAGUUAAGCACAACAAGGAACUGCAGAAAGCUGUUGUGAAAACGCGAUUAGAUACCACGCACGACGUUCUAAGAAGAAUGCGGCUUCAGACGUGCUACAUCCUCACUUCCCUCCACAAUAGCUUUCAGCAAUCUCUUCGCGCGCAAAAAGAAAGGAUGAUUGCCGACUUCAAUAAAAUUGUGAGAAAACAGCAUGUCAACUUGGAAGCAAGAAUCAGAGAAGUUGAGAGAAAAAAGAUGGAAGAACUGCUUAGUCAACGUUACGAGCUCGAGAUACGAAAUGCAACGGAUAUCAUUUACGUUCUCUGCAUGGAGAGAUUACGUAAUGACUCACAAAUACACGCGAUACAUAGACACUUUGAGGAGAAGAUUAAAUUUUUGCAUGAAGUUAUUGCCAAACAAGAUGAAAUUAUGAACAUAAUGAAGAAAAUGAUUACAGAAUGUCGAGAUAAGAAUGUCACGCUCGAGGAAAAGCUUUCUGCCAUUACUAAGGAAUUUCAAAAAUUUAUAAACUUUGCUUUAGAUACCAUGCCAGAGCAUGCAGACUUUCUCUUGCCAUUAGACUUACUCUUUGCAGACGAUACAAAUAAAGAAGACGGUGAACAAGAAAAGAAGUAAUAGAUAAAUGAAAAAAUAUAUAUUUUAAUAGCGAAAGGUCUAUAAAUGUUCACAUGUAAUUCUGUACACACGCAAGCGCCAAAUUAAUAAUUAAUAUAUCAAUUCAGUGAAA